AUGGUCAAGGAUCCAUAUAUUGAUAGAGAAUCAGGAGCCAAAAAAUUUAAUGAAGGAAAAGUAUGCGAUUACCAUGCAACUGUACCACAAGGAUAUCAUGCUGAGGAUUGUGUAUCAGCCUAUCAUGCAAGAGAAGAUGUAUUAAAAGCAGGACAGAAACCUACACACCUUGAACGCAUAAAUAAAAUUCGGCGUUAUGCCAACAUAGCCAAUUUUGAUGGUAUAAAUUUUCUUCAUGACAUAGAUAAAUUUGAGGAGAUCAAUCUUAAUUAUGCUACCAAUAAGAGCAUAUUUCCUGGCGUAAAGGAGCAAGCAACAAACUAUUCUUCCGAAAGAAGAGAAAAAUUUUGUUAUGCUCAAAUAUUUCAAAAAUAUGUUGAUUUAUUUACUCUUGACUUGGAAGCAAAAGAAACCUCAGAGGAAAAAUAUUAG